CAAAUGUCACUUGCAUUUGCUUUGGAACUGGAUCUACGGUGAUCGUUAUUUCGUGAAUCUAACAGCAAUGAAAUUUUAUAAAACUUUUAAUGUAAUUUUUAUAUCAAAAAUGCAGCUAAUCUUACUAUUCGUUUCGGUAUAUUUGCUGCAAAUUUCAAGUGCUUCCAAAGCCGAAUUUGUAACGUGUGGCACUAUUUUAAAAUUAGUAAACACAGACUUAAAGUUGCGGCUUCAUUCCCACGACGUUAAAUAUGGUUCAGGAUCAGGACAGCAGUCCGUGACUGCUGUCGAUGUGUCGGACGACAAUAAUAGCCACUGGCUAGUUAAGCCUAUCAUGGGGGAGACUUGUAAACGAGGAGCUCCAAUAAAGUGCAAUACAAACAUUCGUCUCCAGCAUGUCUCUACCAAGAAGAAUCUACAUUCUCACUACUUCUCUUCGCCACUGUCUGGUAAUCAAGAAGUGUCGUGCUAUGGUGAUGAUGAUGGUGAAGGAGACUCGGGAGACAACUGGACUGUGGUGUGCAACAAUGACUACUGGAGGAGAGACACACCUGUUAAGCUCAAACAUGUUGAUACAGCAGUAUACCUUGCUGGAUCUGGGCGAACAUUUGGACGACCAAUAAGUGGUCAGGGAGAAAUAGUUGGAGUCAGUUCACAAUAUGGCACUUACACAGAUUGGCAGGCUAAAGAGGGGCUAUUUAUUCACCCUGGUGAUUUAUUGCCCCACCAGAAUGCUAUACAUACAGAAUUAUAAACUUAUUUUAGUGUAUUUUUAUUUAAGUUUCACACUAAUGUGUAUUUGCAGUUUUGACAGUGCAUAGACAAUUUGUUAUUUUAUUUAUGUUAUCUCUACCCAUGUGAAUGGUUCCUAAAUGUGAUCAGCCUUUGUCUUGUAAAGCUUAAAUUAUUAUGGCAAAAAUAUUUAGAAAACCAUAAUACAAUGAAAUUUAUUAUAAAUGUGCACAAACUUAAACAUAUCCCAUAGGAUUCCCAGCAAGGAAGUUGUGUGUUGAGAAAUAAAGUUUUGUUUGUGUUAUUCGAGUUUUAAAGACGUAAACAAACGAAAAUGAAGGAGGAAUAAUUUUAUAGUUAUUUCAAAACUUU